UUUAUGGGCGGGGCCAAAACAUGGCUGCCACUUGAGAAGGAGGAAUUUUGUUUAUAUCGCCAGUUUUUUAGAGAUAGGGAAGAAAAUGGCUAGCCACAUUGAUGAAGUAAGGAGUACAACAUCAGGAGGGACAAUUCCCUACCCAACUGCUCAUGAUCGGCUCAUGACUGAACUAGAAUCCAGUGAAGGACAACUUGGAGCUAUUAUUAGGUCGCUGUAUGAUGAUAAAGAUCAAGAUGAUUUCCUUUCUAGUCUUUCAGGAAGGAUCAAGCAACACGAGAAAGACAUUGAAAGAAUGUGUAACAAGAACUAUCAGGGUUUUAUAGAGUCUGUCACUCACUUGGUGAAGGUGAAGUCUGAAGCUCACAAGCUCAAGAGCAAAGUAAUGGAAGCUGACAAGAGGAUACAAGACAGUGGGAAUGAGCUUUUAAAAGAUCUUAAGGAUCUCCACACAUCCCGUGCCAUUCAGAACAACAUAACGUCAACCAUUGAGACACUAACCCUCUGCAUUCCAGUUCUUGAGAUGUAUGGUAAACUCCAGAAUCUAAUGAAAGAGAGGCAUUAUUAUUCCGCUUUAAAAACGCUCGAGCAGCUGGAGCAUAUUCAUCUCCCUCGAGUGAGAGGAUAUAUAUUCUCUGAGCUCCUGGCGGAAGAGAUACCAAGGAUGAGGGACUCUAUUCAGAAACAAUCAAUGUCUGAGCUUAAGGAGUAUUUGACUAAAGUGAGAGAUGUGUCUGUUGUAAUUGGAGAAGUAGCUAUGCAUCAGGUUCAGAGAUUAGCUAGACUAGAAUUAUCAAGCAAUGUGCGUCAGUUGCUGUUGAAGGAUGAGUCCAUUAAAGUGGAAACAGCUUCUACUCAAGACAUUGUUGAUUUCUCUCCAGUUUACAGAUGUCUGCACAUUCACUUUGUUCUGGGAAGAAGAGAUCAUUUUAUUGAUGAUUAUAGAAAUGAAAGGAGACAGCAGCUCAGAUUGGCCAUUAAGCCUCCAACAAAAGUUGAUGACAUACAAGAAUUCAAGCGCUAUUUCUUCCAAAUAGUCGGAUUCUUUGUUGUUGAAGAUACAAUAUUACACACCUGUCAGAGCAGCUCUGGUGGUCAUAAAGACGAGACUGAGCAAGGUCUUAUGUCUCAGCAGGUCCUCGAUGAGUUUUGGGAAAUGGCUACAUCUGAAAUGCUUUCAGUCCUGAGGCAUCAUUGUUUACAUUGCCAAGAUAAUCAUCUUUUACUGAAAAUAAAGCAAUUGAUAGUUUGGUUUUGCCAUACUGUUAUGGGCUAUGGAUUUAAUAAUGACAAGUUGUAUGAGGUAGCACUUGAGAUAAGGGAACAUUAUGAUGAACUUCUUAUGAAAACAAAUGCUGAUGCUUUCAAGAAUCUCCUUGCGACUGAUGACUAUACUCCAGUGAUAGUGGAGACUGAUCAGCACUUUCAAGGUAUCAUGGAGAUGUUCAAUUACAAGGACCUUCAGAUUCAUCACGAGCCGUUUCCUAAAAAACUCCCCUUCUCCUCUAUGGUUAUACAGAUAUAUGAACAAAUUAAAUCUUUCAUUAGCUCAAGUUGGGGAUAUUCUGACAGGCUCAAUUUAAGUCGUACUGAGAUUGAUCAAGCUGUUCGUAGAUCAGUUAAUCUACUACUCACCAAAUCACUCAGCGGUUGUCUGGCUACUCUAAUUACUAAAGACAAGUUGACCAUCAGACAGCUGGUCCAGCUGUGGGUUAAUCUAGACCAGUGGGAGGAAGCUGAAGAGGAUUUGGACAUGUACAUAGCUUCUGUCACCAAAGUACCUCGGUCUGAUGCUGCUGGAGUCCAGUCUCGGCUUUAUGGGUUCUCUGUCUUCAAAGAUGCAAAGCAAAGCACUCAGGCUAAAAUAUCCACUAAACUCGAGGAUCAGAUCAGUGAGUUGAUGGAAGGUGUGGUCUACGACUGGACUCCAAAGGAGCCUAUUAAAGAACCCACUGGUGCACUUGGAGACGUCAUUCGGUUCAUGAAAUCAACUUUUGAAUUACUGUCAGCCACUCCAACUAAGAUUAUUGAUGAUCUCUGUAUUCACAUCAUACAGCAUCUCAUUGGUUUGAUGGAGAGGAUUCUUCUCUCUGAUAGAGUCCAGCGUGUUAGUAUGGAGGGUCUCAGAAGUUUUGGAGUUGAUGUGAAGUAUCUUGAAGAUUUUGUGAGGAACACGGCCAGCCAGAUGAUACCCUGCCUCAGAGAAGGAGGUAAUGGGCACACUGGAGGAAUGGCCGACCCCAUCUUUGCUAGACUCAAUCAGUUAUUGAAAAUGUUUUACGAAGGCUCCGGAGGAGCGUGGACCGACUACAUCAGUGAACUCACUACAGUCGGUGCGAGAAAAUUCCCUUCAGUUCCACCAGAAGAUGUCCACAAUCUGUUACAGAAACUGAGAGAGGACGAGAUCAGGAAGAAGACUCGUGCAACGAAAGUGACUAACAAGUUUAAGUCUAAGAAAGAGCCAAAUCCGGUCAAGAUAGCUCUGAAACAAAUUGAAGAGCACCUACAGGAGAAAGGUACAACUGAUUACAUGGUUGGUUCAAGGCUGGCAAUGAGUAACAGAGCCCCUUCAAUGUCAAGAGGAUCUCCUGUCCUCUUUCACAGAGACAGCACUUCCCGCCCAAAGACAGCUUCACAAUCAAGUGGAACCUCAAAAUAAAGCACAAGCUUAAACGCUUUUAACAUGUGUGUGUGUGUGUGAAUCAGAAUAGCAGUACUAUUAUUAAUGUAACUCAAUCAUUUGUGUGUUAGCAUGAAUCAGUAUCUAUCUCUGACAAUAUAGUGUGUUAUGUUACGUAUUAACUUCUCAGUAUUGCAUUUGCAUUCAUUUUUUUAAUAGAAA